AUGCUCACUACAGAGGUCUCCGAGCCAGAGCUAGCUGUCCGGAACUUGGUCCUGUCUGUAUGUGACCUGAAACAGCAUGGGGAUACGCCCCCGGCGCGAGCGGCUGCUCGGGCUGCUACUCUCGGUACAAGGAUGUACCUCUAUGGUGGAGCGGAUGAUAAGAGGAGUUUUGGUGGCAACGGCGAGGUUCAUCUGCUGGAGAUAGAGCAAAUGAAGUGGUCGAGGCUGCAGGGCACUGGGGAUCUCCCAGCAUCUCGAUUCGGUCACACCUUCAACGCAAUAUCUGAUACCGACCUCUUACUCUUUGGAGGUCUUUGCACCACCGAGGGGUCCACGUCUCAUCCAGAGUUCCUCCGACCGAGUACCCCUGCCUGGACCCACGGGGCCGCAGAGGCUUCGUGUGACAUUUACGUGUUCAAUACAAGGACGUUGGUAUGGUCCCGCCCUCCUAUCACCAAGACCCUCGAGGCACCCUCUGGACGCUACUUCCAUGCCAGCGCUGUGGUUGAAGAAUCCUUGUUGGUCUAUGGUGGACUGGAUGCUGAAGGACGAGUCAAUGCUGAGGUGUGGAUCCUCGACCUCUCCUCGUGGGCCUGGCAUAAGGUGUCACCGUCAAUUACUCUCCCCCCAGUGUUUGGUCACGCCAUGGCGGCCUACCAUGGUAGCAUCUAUAGUUUCGGAGGCAGCUAUGGGGAUGUUGGCGACGAUGAGGAGUCCAGCGAGCUCUACAAGAUUACACUCGAGAGUGGCAAUACUGUUGCAGUAGAUCCGGAGGUCCCGGGUUCGAUCCGAGCGCCCUGCAUUUUACAGGUUUCCAUCUCUGGCGUCUCGGCUCCUUCAUCAGCACGCUCUGCCGACCUUUACAUAUAUGAUAUGGCCACGAAGCGAUGGUCAAGACCGCUGUAUGAUGGUGCUGCUAUAAACCUCCGAGUGCACACUACUACUGUGCUCCACGAUAAGCUUCUGGUCUUCGGCGGGAUCAGGGACAAGGUCGGCUCUGACGAAAUUCGGAUUUCAAGGAAGCUGUUUUUCCUCAAUGUGCUGGAAAUUAAAGAAGGAGCGGAACUCACUCUAGUAUCUUGUCAGACCGAGGGGGACUUCAAGUUCAAGUUGGUGUCAGUCGGUGACUCGGGUGUUGGCAAGUCCUGCCUUCUCACUCGCUUCGUCAACGACGUCUACUCUGACUUCCACGUUUCAACGAUUGGCGUUGACUUUAAAACUGUGGUGACGAUGGUAAAAGGUCGACUCGUCAAACUACAGCUGUGGGACACUGCAGGGCAGGAGCGCUUCUCGGUGGUCACAGGCAAUUACUACCGCAAUGCUGACGGCUUCGUACUGGUGUAUGAUGCUACAAACAGAACUUCUUUUGAUCACGUCGAUCAGUGGCUAUCUCAAAUAGAACAGCAUCAUGACCUUGGACCCAACACUAUAAAGAUACUCGUUGGUAACAAACACGAUCUCUCAUCAGAGGUUGUGGUUACUCCGGCCGAGGGUGAGAAGAAGGCUCAGCAGAUCGGCGCGUUUUUCGUUGCGGCUUCGGCCAAGACCGCGAGCAAUGUGGAUUAUGCCUUCUUGAUCGGGGCACAGAAGCUUGUUGAAAUACGUCGAGAGCAGCAGCAAAUCCAGCAACAGGUAUUCCCCGUCAGGAAGGAGUCAUGUUGCAAGAAUUUGGCCAUCAGAGCCGCUGCUCAUGGUGCCUUGCAUCCUUCGAUAUACGUACCACACAGGUCUGUCCUCUUGUGCAUCAGCCGGGAUUAG